GCACUUUGCACAUAACAAGUCCCCGAUCGGAAUGGCCCAGUAAGUGAAGUUUAGGGCUCACUUUCUUCUUCAUCUUCACAUCAACCUUCUAUCGCCGCCGCCGCCGUUAACUAUAUCUCCGGCGACACUCAUUUCUCACAUUCUCUAGAUAAAGUUAUGAACAAAUCAAUAACCAAUAUCUUCUAGCUUCAACAAAUCAAAUCAAUCACACUCACUCACAUUGAGUUAUUCACCAUGCUUUCUCGUUUAAUCCCCAAAAAACCCUCUCACUUCAUUCGCUUUUUUUCUCUUCCAUCCAAACAACACCAUUUCCCCAUUUCACCCAUCAAUCCUCAUUUCACCUUCCUCCCUAAACCCUUCUCCACUAACAAUAAUAACAACGACGGCAAGGACCCUUUUGCUACAUGGAAGAAUUUCGGAGAAAGCGAGGAAAAGUUCGACAAUUUAUUCUCCGAAGAAAGUGGAAGCCUUGCUGGAAUCAACGAAGUUGAAGGGGAGAAAGUAGAGAAGGUAGUUGAAGAGGAAAAAUGGUGGUUGGAAGAGAAGGGUCUUGAUAAUGAAGAUGAAGAUUCUUUGUUUAAAGGAAUUGAUAAACAAACUGAGGGAAAAGGUGAUUUUGGUGCCCAAAUUGGAGUGGGAGCUGAACACGUUGAUCAACCUUGGAAUUUGAAGGAGGUUGGUGGUGAUGUUUUUGAUUUCAAAGAGGAUGAUGUGAUUCAAGAGGUUGAGGAAAUCAAUGUUUUGGAGGGUGAGACUAAAGAGGAUGUUGAAAAGCUUGAGAAGGAAGAGAAAGAACUCACUGCCAUUAUUAAAGGACCACAACGCGCAUUUGGAGAUUUGAUUGCUGCUUCUGGAAUCACAGACGAAAUGCUUGACAGUUUGAUUGCUUUGAAAGAUUUUGAAGGGGUUGAAGGGUUGCCUCCUCUUAGUGAAAUAGAAGAUUUGCGCUAUGAGAGGAAUACUAGAAAAUCCACCAGAGCUGAAAUGGAGCGUCUAAAGCAAGAGGAAGCGGCAAAAGCAAGAGUGAGACAAGUAGAUGAUAAAGGACGUGCUUACGGAACAGGAAGAAGAAAAUGCAGUAUAGCACGUGUGUGGGUUCAGCCUGGUAACGGUAAAUUUAUGGUUAACGAAAAAGAAUUUGAUGUCUAUUUCCCCAUGCUCGAUCAUCGUGCUGCUCUCCUUCGACCUUUCUCUGAGACAAAGACAUUGGGGCUCUGGGAUGUUAAUUGUACUGUUAAAGGUGGUGGUGUUUCAGGGCAAGUUGGAGCUAUACGAUUGGGUAUUAGCAAGGCUUUGCAAAACUGGGAACCAGAUUUGCGACCAGCACUUAGAAGCGUCGGCUUCCUGACAAGGGAUUCAAGAGUGGUAGAAAGGAAAAAGCCAGGAAAGGCCAAAGCAAGAAAAAGUUUCCAAUGGGUCAAGCGUUGAUACACAAUCAUUCUCUGGAUGGCUAUUUUUGUUUGGAAUAUUGGCAAAAUCCUCAAUAACUUAAAAUUCAUUGAUCUUGUACUGCACUCACAUGUGACCUAAUCAAUGUUUGGAUUUCAAGGACAGUAAUGAUAGAAUAUUUUUUUCACCUUAGAUUUGUGUUAUGAGUCAUUCACCCUUUGGAGAGAGCUACUAGUUGCUAUGUUUUUUUUUAAUAGUCCUAAAUACAUAAUGAAUGUUAUAUUGUGAUAAUUUGGUCUGUUGUUGUAGGGGAUAUGUUAUAUCUAUUCUGGUUAUUUUUGUGUAGUUAUUAUUAGUUUUUUUGAUAAA